UAUCGACGGUUAUAUUUUUAAAUUGACGUCUUUCGUCCCCCUGGACAUUAACACGACGCACUCGUCACCGCCGACAAAGGAAACACUACAGAGACACCGAUUUUCAGCCACUUGACUAACGUCAUCAAAUCAAACAGUGACGGCCAUUAAUCGUUGAAUAAAUAAACUCCGAACCAAUACAAAAUAUGCUAAACAAAGUGAGCUAACUGCUAAGAGCUAAAGUAGGAUGGUGACAUUUCGACAGUCCCAGACGGCCGGUGACGUGAUGCCCAAGAGGGACAAUGAGAAGGACUUGGAGCUGGACAAGAAGAUCGAGGCCCUGCGUAGGAAAAAUGAAGCACUGAUGAAGAGGUACAAGGAAGUGGAGGAGGACAAGAAAAGGGCAGAGGAGGAGGGAAUGGCUCUGCUGGGCCGUAAGGGCAAAGCCGACGACCUGACCAUCACAAUCAGCAAGUCCACCACUGACAGCCGCGUGGUGGUGACAAAGCUGUUCAACGCUGCUGCACCAGCCGGGAAAGAAGAGCCGGAGCUGCAGACUGAGAAAGACGGAGAGGGUCCUCCGCAGGGUGCCGGCCGAGGCCACAGGAAGCAGUUAACGGUCACAGCAGGCAAAAGGGGUAAGAGGGUGGUGAGCGAGAGGCCAGAGAAGAAGCCGGGCCCCGUCGAUGUCAAGAGCGCUGCUGAUGAUGGACAGACGAGGCGUGUGGAGUCGGCGGGGAGGGGGAAACAGCCUCCGCACGUCACGACCAAGAGAAACGCAGCGGCACAGGAAGAUGCUGCUAAACAGGGGCAGAAGCAAACAAGGGAGCAGCACAAGCUGGAGGAAUGCAAGGAGCCGGAGUGGCCGGCGACCAGCACUGACCUCAACGUCCCCACAACGAGAGAGGAGCAGGAGGAGUACCUGAGGUGGAAGAAAGAGCGGGAGCGGAUUGACAGGGAGAGAGUGGCACGCCAUAAAAAUGCGAAGGGCCAAUGGAGACGAGCCUGGGACAUGGACAAGUCUGAGAACAUGUUUACAGACAAAUCUGUGCCUGAGAGAGACUGGGGGCCAAGUAGCAGAGGUGGACGAAGUUCAAGAAGAGGUCAAAACAGGGCAAAUGUGGAGCCAAAAGGUCAGGAGAAACGAGGGAAAGACAAAGGAGGAAAAAGAGUCCAAGUGAUGAGCAGCAAAGCAAAAGGCAAAGAUCGUCUGACGGGGAGGGCUAGGAGAUGGCAAGAAAAUGAAGAGGGAGACAAUUCACAGCCUGAUACAACACUGGAGGAGUUCUUGGAGGAACUGGACGCCCUCCCAGAUGUGGACACAGAAGAGCAGAAAGGUCAGGGGUCACCAAGUGAAGACACGUUGAGUCCGUCUGACGAGGGCGGUGAAGUGACCGCUCCCUGUUCCUCCAGAGAAGGUACCUCCACUCAGAAAAAGGUACGGUUCUCGGAGGAGCUCGUCGUCGGAGCUCGUGGAUCUCAGGACUCCAGCUCCGAGUCGGGAACUUCUUCACUCCUGAAGAAAACGGAACUAGAACCAGAGUCAGUGGAGCAGAGCGACGGGGCGUCUCUGGAUGACGGGGCGUCUCUGGAUGACGGGGCGUCUCUGGAUGACGGCGCGGCGACGUCUGCUCCGCCCGCGCCCCACCANNNNACUGAAUGUACUACAACAGACACUGAACUCACCGCAGCGAGAAAACCCUCCACUGCUGCAAAGGCCAGCGCCUCUACACCAGAGGACCCUGUCCAGCCUGUAGAGGUCGCUAAGUGCAAUAUCAACAACGCUGAGGAGCUGAAAGACUCCGGGCUGUCGGUCCUGAGUCUGGAGGCAGGAGAACCACAGACAACGCACUGUAGCAGCAGUGACAAGGCGAGAGAACACGGGAAGAUAGUUUGACAUUUGACAUUUUCCGGGACAGAGACGCUGAAAACCAAAAGCAGCAGCAGCAGCAGCGAGACACCGAGCCGUGCUGAUUGGUCGCUUCAGACGGGC